GCGACGGCCAACCGCAACCUUCUCUUCCAUUCCAGUCUCUCUCUCUCUCUCUCUCUCUCUCUCUCUCUCUCUCUCUCUCUCUCUCUCUCUCUCUCAUUGUUUGAUACAGAGUGAUCACAGAUUAUAGAACAAAGGAGAUAGAUGAGCAAUCGAGGAAGGGAAGCACCAUCAUCAACCACCCUUGAGUGUUGCAUGUGUGGGGAUUAUGGCUUACCAGAGGAGCUCUUUCGAUGCAAGAUUUGCCUCUUCAGAUUCCAGCACAGAUACUGUAGCAAUCUCUACCCAAAAGCAGAGUCCUAUAGAGUCUGCAAUUGGUGUUUAAAAAGAAAGGGAAGGAAGAUCAUUGAUGGAGGAGCACACAAUUCCUCUUCUUCUCUCUCUUCUGCAAAUAAUAAUAGUGAGAGAAGGGAAGAAGAUGGAAGCAAGAACAACAGGAAGAAUAAUAGAAGGGAUGAUCAUGUGCUUGUGGGUGUGAAAGCCCAGAGGGGAAAUCUUCAAUUGCAUCUACAGAGUCCAAUGAAGAAACAGAGAUCGCCGGAUCGAUCAUCGCUGGCUCGGAAGAGAAUUAACCCAAGUGGGUGUUUGGAGAAGACGCUUAGAAGAACCAAAUCGGAGGAGAUCCAAAAGAGUGGGAUCAUCAAACAGGUUUUCAGAGGUAAGGUUCGAAGGUAUAAGCUUUUGGAAGAAGUUUCCAGUUAAUGUAUCCCAAUUUGAUCAGAAAUCACUUCUUCUUCUUAGAUGUAAUUAAAUUGAAAGAUCAGAGUGAGAUUAGAGAGAGGACUAAUGGGUUUGAGAGGAGGCUUCUGGACUGGACAAUGAUCAUCCUCAACUUUUGGAUCCAAAUUCACAAAAACCCUUUUUGAGUUUUGAGAAUUUAACUUGAAAUUUUGCUUUGGAGUGGACAA